GAAAUAUUUAAUUUUCUUAUCUUUACAUGACCUUAUUGUAUCAAUAUAAAUAUAGAAUGGCUAACUUCAUAAGUUUUUAUUUUACUCUUCUAAUUUUUGUGCCAACGGUCACAUCUUUCAACUGCUUUAAAGAACUAUGUCGUGGGGCAGAGGUUUGCAAACUUGAUUUUAAAGAUUCGUAUAUAGCUAACAGUAGUUGUGAGGAACCUCAUCGUCAAGGUCAUACAGUUGAUUCUAAAUGUGGAUUUUAUUUCCCUACUAGGGGUAAAUGUUUCUGUGAAGAUCCAGCAUGCAUGGCAAGGCUAUAUUCCUUGACCACCACUCUUGGGACGAGCACUCCAACCACUGAAUUAACAACAUUUUUUUCAGAAAAACCUACACAGCCAGUAUGUGUUGACUUUGAUGUGAGAUGUAACAGCAGUUUUUACCAACAAAUAUUAUGUGCUUCAAAAGAUCCUUCAAGUAUUUCACUGGCCAUUUCCACAUGUCCGAAAACAUGUAAUCGUUGUGAUGAAUAUUUUGCGCAGCUAACUACUUUAUCUCCACAAACUGUCGCAGUUGUAACAACGAAUGAAAUGCUUACUACGCUGGCUACAAAAGCUUUACCAACUACUGCGACAACAACAAAGUCACCAACCACAGCUACACCAACCACAACAAGCUCACCGACUACAACAACUUUACCAACUACAGCAGCUACAGCAACUACCACGACGACGACGACAACACCGACUACAACAACAAUACUGACGACAACUACUACACCGACUACAACUACAACACCGACCACAACAACUGCUACGACAACAACAACUGCACCGACGACGACAACAACGCCAACCACUACAAUAUCACCAACAACAACAACAAUGCCGACUAAAACUACUUCACCUACUACAACAACUGCUCCAACUACAACAACUACAAUGGCUAAAACAACUCCACUAACCCCUGCGUCAACAAAACUGUCAAAUACUCAAGUAACCACAGCACAGCCUACAUGUUCUGACCAGAGCCCCAAAUGUAUUGAUCACCUCUUCACAAGUAUCCUGUGUUCAAACUUGGACCCCAUCAAUUUAGACUAUGCAAUUGCUACGUGUCCAAUGUCCUGUAAUCGAUGUGAUGAAUAUUACGCUUAUUUACAAGCAAUAACAACAACGCCAGUACCUUUAAAAACGACAACAGUAUUGGGAACAACAACACCGCUAGAGUGCAUUGAUCGUGAAACAAAGUGCAGUAGCACAUUUUAUCAGUCGAUCCUGUGUUCAGCGACCGACCAGCCUUCCAAGGAUUAUGCCCUACAGACGUGUCCAAAGGCUUGUAAUUUGUGCGAUAAGCUCCUUGGAUCAAUAGAUUCAGCUUUUGGGCGUUAAACUAAACGGGGGAGAUACUUUAUACUUUUUGUUUGAUGAAUAAAUGGUUUU